UGUGUUUUUAUCGAAAUGUCGUAUUUGGUAUUAAUAUCGAAACUUACUGAAUAUAGAUUGACGCAGUUUGCAUUUGCCUGCCGAAAAUGUGAGCCAAAGUUGUUUUUAUUUAUGGAGAGUUUUAGAUUGUGUUCAACAAAUGUUAAACCCAAGGUUAUAUUCCAAUCAUCAAAGAAAACGAAAAAGAAACAGAAAUUCAAGGCGUAUGAGGAUCUUUUUAAAGUUUUAGAUAUUCAUAAAGGAAACCUUCAAGACUUCUCACCUGUAUUAGCUAUUCCUGCUACCUCAAAAAUAUGUAGUGUUGUCAUAGCACCUGUAAGUAUAGCAAGACUUUGGCCGUACCAGAAAAAAAAUUCUUCUAGUGUCAGUGCCUGUGAAAGUGAGGUAACUAAGAAAUACAGUGACAGAGACAAUAUCUGUGCAAGUGAUAUUUCAUUUCGCCACAAACAGACAAUUAGUAGACAUAAAAUUCAUUCUGGGCCACUUCCUGAAAUGUUGAGGAGACAGCUGUUUGAUAAUGGUGAAAAUAUGAUGGAAAAGAAACAUUCAGCUAACAUAGUAAAACUACCUAAUGAAUCAUACCAGAAUGUUUUUAGUGAAAUAAAAACUUUUGAAAAAGAUAACUUUGAUAACAAGAACUGUGUACACAAAAAGAAGUAUCAGUUAAGUUCAAGUGAGAAAGAAGGGACUAAUGUGGAGAAUGAAGUUUGGGAACACCUUUCAUCAUAUCACGAGUCUCUCGAGAAGAUUGCGGGACUGGAGCCUCAUAUUAAUUUUCACAGUCUCGAGCCAGAUGUUUUAAAAGAAGCACUUUUGGAAGAGGCUGAUGUGGAAUUGUCUGAGGAUCAUCAGGUUAAAGAAGAGCCAGUAAAAAAGAAGAAGAAGAAAACCUUUGUUAAUUCUGCUAAAAAACAGAAAGAACAUGCUGCUAAAAUAAAACAAGAAAAAUUAGCUAGGGAAACCCAGCUGAACCUUAGCUUGAAAGCUUAUCUAAAUGUCUGCAUAAAUGCAAACAUGCUUGGAAGAGCCCACACUGCUUUACAACACUAUCGGUUUAAGAGCAAGAAAUUUCUUAAAGCUCCUCGAUUGAAAAAUGUAGAGAUCUAUAAUGCAUUGCUUCAGGGAUGGGCAAGAAAGGUAAGUUUGUCAAUUGAAAUAUGUUUAGUUUUCCUCAGAAUUCCUAUAAUGUUGUUUGAUGCCAUUACUAAAUUAUUUGACUCAUUAAACCUGGAAAAUAGAAGCUAUGGCAUUGAUAUUUCCAAGAUAUUAGACUGUUAUGUGACAUAG